GAGAACAAGGCUCCACGCUCCGCCUCUGCGCGUUCCUUUUCACCCGCGUGCCCGAGGAGUGCCUCUGUGUCUACGCUGAAGGGUUCCAUCGAGAAAGAAAAUGCCAUCAAAAGUCAUUAUUGACAACAAAGAUCAAACUAUGGAGGAAGAAGUAGACACUGUCAUCGAGGCCAAACCUGUAAAGAUCAAGACCAAAGAGGGCAAGAAAUUGAAGAAGAUGAAGGUGCAGUUGGAGGAGGAGAAGGAGGAAGAGGAGGAGGAGCAGCAGCAGGAGGAAGAGGAUCCAGACUGUGAACCUCCAGCACCUAAGAAGAAAAAGAAAAAAGACAAGCUGGCAGCGGACCAAAUGAACGGCCACACAGACGAGGCCACAGAUCUGAAUGGAAACAGCAACGACAUUGAGACACCUAAGAAGAAGAAAAAGAAGAGCAGUGAAGGAGACAUAGAUAAGGUGCAAAAGAAAGCAGACAAAGAGGCAGCAGUUAAUGGACAUUCCAACACAACCACCCCUGUACAGACGCCCAUGCAGACACCAGCCCAGUCGAGUGACGAGUCGGCCAGUGACAGCGAGAAAGAACCGGAGUUGACUCCAGAGCAAAAGGAAGGCGAUUUCUCCAACUUCAGGAUUUCUCCCUUCACCAUCACUAAACUCAAAGCUCGGGGAGUCUCUUACCUGUUUGAUAUUCAGGUGAAAGCUUUUAAUCAUGUUUAUGAUGGAGAGGAUGUGAUUGGCCAAGCCCGAACAGGAACCGGGAAGACGUUCUCCUUCGCCAUCCCCCUGGUGGAGAAGCUCCAGAAAGAAUCAGUGGCGCCAGUCAGAGGCAGAGCCCCCAAGGUUCUGGUGUUGGCUCCGACCAGGGAGUUGGCCAUCCAGGUUGCUAAGGACUUCAAAGACAUUGCCAAGAAGCUGGCCAUCACCUGUUUCUAUGGAGGCACAUCGUACAACCCUCAGGUCGAUUUUAUUCGCAACGGCAUCGAUAUCCUGGUUGGAACCCCGGGUCGUAUCAAGGACCACAUCCAGAACAACAAACUUGACCUGACCAAACUCAAACACGUUGUUCUGGAUGAAGUGGACCAAAUGUUAGACAUGGGAUUUGCCGAACAGGUUGAAGAGAUUCUGGCCUUAUCGUACAAAAAAGAUGGUGAGUCCAAUCCUCAGACUCUGCUGUUUUCAGCCACCUGCCCUCCCUGGGUUUAUGAUGUGGCAAAGAAGUACAUGAGGCCCGAGUGCAAACACAUCGACCUGAUUGGCAAGAAAACACAAAAAGCAGCAACAACUGUGGAACAUCUGGCCAUCGCUUGCCACUGGUCACAGCGCGCCGCCGUGAUCGGCGACGUCAUCCAGGUUUACAGCGGCAGACACGGCAGAACCAUCGUGUUUUGUGAGACGAAGAAAGAAGCCAACGAGCUGGCCUUGAAUGCAUCCAUCAAACAGAGCACACAGUCCCUCCACGGAGAUAUUCCUCAGAAGCAGAGAGAAAUCACACUGAAGGGUUUCAGAAACGGUCUGUUUGAAGUUCUCGUGGCCACCAACGUGGCAGCCCGUGGAUUAGACAUCCCUGAGGUCGACCUGGUGGUCCAGUGUUCUCCACCCAAGGAUGUGGAGUCCUACAUCCAUCGUUCAGGUCGUACAGGUCGGGCAGGCAGGACCGGAGUCUGCAUCUGUUUUUACCAGAGGAAAGAAGAGGACCAGCUGCGCUAUGUGGAAAACAAAUCGGGAAUUACAUUCAGGAGAGUUGGUGUUCCAACAGCCAAUGACAUCAUCAAGUCAUCCAGCAAGGACGCUGUCAGGUUUCUGGACUCUGUUCCAGUCACGGCCAUCGGAUACUUCAGAGAUUCGGCCCAGAAGCUGAUUGAUGAGAGAGGAGCCCUCGACGCCUUGGCCGCGGCUCUGGCUCACAUUUCAGGAGCCACGAGUUUGGAGCAGAGGUCCCUGCUGUACUCAGAUGCUGGUUACACCACCAUACAGUUGGAGUGUUCUCAGGAGAUGCACAAUCUGGGCUACGCCUGGAAGACCAUCAAGGAGCAACUGGGCGAAGCGUUUGAGAACCACAUCCACAGAAUGACUUUCCUCAAAGGCAGAAAGGGCGUGUGUUUUGACAUCCCAGUUGACAAGGUCAAAGAGGCUCAGGAGAACUGGAAGGACGGUCGUCGUUGGCAGUUCACCGUCGCCACAGAACUCCCAGACCUGGAGGAGAAGCCAAACCGCGGCGGAGGUUUUGGAGGCGGUCAGCGUGGGGACAGGAGAGGAGGAGGUUUCAGAGGAGGAAGGGGGCGCUUUGGCAGCGGGUCCUUUGGCGGCGGCGGUGGUGGUCGUGGUCGUGGUGGCAGAGGCGGUCGGUCGUUUAACAACAGAGGUGGACAGAAACGUAGCUUCAGCCAAGCCUUCGACCACUGAAGUGUGAGAAGCUGUGGACUGGUGAAACUGAUUCCGGCUCGUCAGAGCCCGCAGUUUUUCUCAUUGGCCGACAGUGAUGUUGCUUUAAAAUGUGGCAAGUGGAAACAUAUAUGGAGAAAGGGGUUGUAGGCUAUCGUGCACUUGUAGGGGAAUAAUAAUUAUAUCAAAACGUGUUUUCACGAAGCCACAUUUAUCUGGUCGUCUGUGUGCCAUAUAUGAACGCAGUACCGCUGGACGCCACAUGUUUCUUUAGAUGAAAUACCUCAUGAAAAACUUGCGAAAUCUAGUUAUUAAUAAUUAAGCAACAACUGGUAUUAUGUUAUUUAAAGAGUUGAAAACGGGCCGGUAACGCUUCUGUCACAUGUCAAUAUGAAGUUAAACGUUCCGUACAUUCCGUACGUUAAGGUUUAGCUACAAAUGUUGCCCCUUUUUUUUUGGGCAUUUGGGAAAUAUUAGCGAUAAACCGACUCUGACUCUGGUUCAGAGUCGGAGUCGAGUUAAUGUGUGAUGUGGAACUUCCAACUACAACGGGUGACUUUUUGAGCGUGUAUCAUCCUGAAGGUGAACUUUAGCCCGUGAUAUGAGGCACCGUGUUUCUGCUCCACUCUCACGGAAAAUGGUGUUUUAAUGGAUGUUCACCUUUACAGUUGUGCAGUUCGCCCUCGACAGAAACCUCUCGCACCCCCCACCCCCAACAACACCCCCCUCCUGAAAAAUAUUUUGGAUGAUUGCUUUGCAAUUGCCUCUGUUAAAUAUCUGUGUCUUCUGCUUCCAUUCGUUUGAAUGAAACGACUUGUUCAUUAAAGAAAGGUCAACUCAG